CAUGUUUUUCUUUUUCCUUUCCCUUCACUGCAGCCUGACAAUGAAAUCUCUUCAGAAUGUAACCACUUGUUGUGGAACUACAAGGCUAACCUGACUACAGACCCAAAGUUUGACUCCGUGGCCAGAGAUGUCUGUAAAUCCACCAUAGCAGAGAUCAAAGACUGUGCAGAGGAGUCAGUUAAAAGAGGCUAUUUGGUGUCCUGUCUGGUGGAACACAGAGGUAACAUCACUGAAUACCAGUGUCAUCAGUAUAUCACCAAAAUGACAGCCAUAGUCUUCAGUGAUUACCGUCUGAUCUGUGGCUUCAUGGAAGACUGCAAGGCUGAUAUCAACUUUCUCAAAUGUGGCAGUAUUCGACCUGGAGAAAAGGAUGCCCACUCACAAGGAGAAGUGGUGGCUUGCUUGGAAAAAGGCCUGGUAAAAGAGGCAGAAGAGACGGAUGGUAGAGUUCAGGUUUCUGAUCGUUGUAAGAAAGCGAUUCUUCGGGUGGCUGAACUCUCUUCUGAUGACUUCCACUUGGACAGACACCUGUACUUUGCAUGCCGAGAUGAUCGAGAACGCUUCUGUGAAAAUACGCAAGCUGGGGAAGGUCGGGUGUACAAGUGCCUCUUUAACCACAAGUUUGAAGAAUCUAUGAGUGAAAAAUGUCGUGAUGCUCUGACAACCCGUCAGAAGCUAAUAGCCCAAGAUUAUAAAGUCAGCUACUCAUUAGCAAAGUCCUGCAAAAGUGAUCUGAAGAAGUACCGCUGUAAUGUGGAGAAUCUUCCCCGAUCUCGAGAAGCCAGACUUUCCUACCUGCUGAUGUGUUUGGAGUCUGCUGUACACAGAGGUCGGCAGGUGAGCAGUGAGUGCCAGGGUGAAAUGUUGGAUUACCGGCGCAUGCUAAUGGAAGACUUUUCACUCAGCCCAGAGAUCAUCCUCAGCUGCCGAGGCGAGAUUGAGCACCACUGCUCAGGGCUGCAUCGGAAAGGGCGUACUUUGCAUUGCCUGAUGAAAGUUGUGCGUGGGGAGAAGGGGAGUGUUGGGCUGAACUGCCAGCAGGCGCUUCAAACUCUGAUUCAAGAGACUGACCCUGGCGCAGAUUACCGCAUUGACAGAGCUCUGAAUGAAGCUUGUGAAUCAGUAAUACAGACUGCUUGCAAACACAUUCGAUCUGGAGACCCCAUGAUUCUGUCUUGCCUAAUGGAGCAUUUGUACACUGAGAAGAUGGUAGAAGACUGUGAACACAGGCUCCUGGAACUCCAGUACUUUAUUUCUCGGGAUUGGAAAUUGGACCCUGUUCUUUACCGCAAGUGUCAGGGAGAUGCCUCUCGGCUCUGCCAUACCCAUGGGUGGAAUGAGACUAGUGAGCUGAUGCCUCCAGGAGCUGUGUUUUCCUGCUUGUAUAGACAUGCAUACCGCACAGAGGAGCAGGGAAGGAGGUUAUCACGAGAGUGCAGAGCAGAAGUACAGCGAAUCCUUCACCAGCGUGCCAUGGACGUGAAACUAGAUCCAUCCCUCCAGGACAAGUGCCUGAUUGACUUAGGGAAAUGGUGCAGUGAAAAAACAGAAACAGGACAGGAACUCGAAUGUCUCCAGGACCAUCUUGAUGACUUGGUGGUUGAAUGCAGAGACAUAGUUGGAAACUUGACUGAGCUGGAGUCUGAGGAUAUUCAGAUUGAAGCCUUGCUGAUGAGAGCGUGUGAGCCCAUCAUUCAAACAUUCUGUCAUGAGGUGGCAGAUAACCAAAUAGACUCUGGUGACCUAAUGGAAUGUCUGAUCCAGAACAAACAUCAGAAGGAGAUGAAUGAGAAGUGUGCUAUUGGAGUCACUCACUUCCAGCUGGUUCAAAUGAAGGAUUUCAGAUUCUCUUACAAAUUUAAAAUGGCUUGCAAAGAAGAUGUGCUGAAACUUUGCCCCAACAUCAAAAAAAAGGUAGAUGUGGUGAUCUGCUUGAGCACUACUGUGCGUAACGACACUCUGCAGGAUGCCAAGGAGCACAGGGUGUCUCUGAAGUGCCGCAAACAGUUGCGUGUUGAGGAGCUAGAGAUGAGUGAGGAUAUCAGGCUUGAACCAGAGCUGUAUGAGGCUUGUAAGAAUGACAUCAAGAACUACUGCCAGAAUGUGCCUUAUGGCAAUGCUCAGAUUAUCGAGUGUUUGAAAGAAAUUAAGAAGCAGCUGAGCACCCGAUGUCACCAAAAAGUGUUUAAACUGCAGGAGACGGAAAUGAUGGAUCCUGAGUUGGACUAUACACUUAUGAGGGUCUGCAAACAGAUGAUCAAGAGGUUCUGCCCAGAGGCAGAUUCAAAGAACAUGCUUCAGUGUUUGAAACAGAAUAAGAACAGCGAGGUGAUGGACCCUAAAUGCAAACAAAUGAUUACCAAGCGGCAGAUUACACAGAAUACAGAUUACCGCUUAAAUCCAGUGCUCAGGAAGGCUUGUAAAGCAGACAUUCCCAAAUUUUGCCAAAAUAUCCUAAGUAAGGCAAAGGAUGAUACAGAAUUGGAGGGGCAAGUUAUCUCAUGCCUGAAGUUGAAAUACGCAGACCAGCGUCUGUCUUCAGACUGCGAGGAUCAGAUCCGAGUGAUAAUCCAGGAAUCGGCUCUUGAUUACCGGCUAGAUCCCCAGCUUCAGAUGCACUGUUCUGAAGAGAUAACCAACCUGUGUGCAGAGGAAGCAGCAGCUCAGGAACAAACUGGACAGGUGGAAGAAUGUCUGAAAGUUAAUCUGCUCAAAAUUAAAGCUGAAAUGUGUAAAAAGGAGGUGCUCAACAUGUUAAAGGAGAGCAAAGCGGACAUAUUUGUUGACCCAGUGCUGCACACAGCCUGUGCCCUAGACAUCAAACACCACUGUGCUGCCAUCCCACCAGGGAGAGGACGCCAAAUGUCUUGCCUUAUGGAAGCUUUGGAAGAUAAGCGUGUGAGACUGCAGCCUGAAUGUAAGAAACGCCUUAAUGAUCGGAUUGAAAUGUGGAGUUACGCAGCAAAGGUUGCCCCAGCAGAAGGUUUUUCUGAUCUUGCCAUGCAAGUUAUGACUUCUCCGUCCAAGAAUUACAUUCUGUCUGUGAUCACAGUUGGCAUCUGCGUACUCUUCCUGAUCGGCCUGAUGUGUGGACGCAUCACCAAGCGGGUGACACGAGAACUCAAGGACAGGUAGAGCCUGGACUGCCUGCUGAAGAAAUGCCUGCCUAGUGCCCAGUUUGUACAGUUCUCUUCUGUAUAGCCUACCCAUCCCUUCUUGUGAGAGGAGAAUAAAAAAAAUUAGAACAGCAGCAGGUGUUGGCUCCGUUUUCCCAUCUUGGAUUUCAUCCAUGGCACCUUCAUCAUCCUAUGACAGUUUGUGUGCAGCAUUGGCAGCCCAGCCAGCAGCUUUUGUUCCCCUUUGUUAGCGGACUCUCGUUAACCUGCCUGUAGACGAGUCUCUUUAUUGUACUGUUGGAACUGCCUUCACUCUAAAUCAGACUGACAUGACCUGCAGCUCAAGCAGUUUUUAAGUACAUUUUUAAAGGAAGAAAAAAUACAUCUGCAUACCAACCAUGAUUUAGGCAAUGAUUCAUACUGGCAUACAUUCAUGUUCUGUGACUGGGUAAACUUGAGUCAGGAAAUAGAGGGUAAAUUGCAUCUCACCAGAGUUGGCCUUGUUUUGGACAUCUUACUCAUCCUUUACCAAGCAUCUUCAGAGUAGUGUCACGGACAGCUUAUGGACAGUAGGCAAUGAUGUCACCCUCUAUUGAAUGUCCUGCUUGUGUUACUGUGGUUGCUAAAAAAAAAAAAAAAAAAUGCCCUCCAACUCCAUUUCUUCCUUUGUCACUCACAGGAUAGUAUAAAAUGGCCAGGGUUAGAAACUCCAGUGAUCUUAUCCUCAUAUGAGCAGGACAGCCUUUACUUCAUUAGGCUUGAAAGAUGGUAUCAAGACCAGGUGCAAAAGAGCCAGUCAGCAGCAUACAAUGCAGUAAACAUCCCAGCUACCUAGCCUGUCAACCUGUAUUCAUCACUGGCAAUUUGGUAGAAGUUAAAGUUCCUUUAUUACACUUCUGUAGCCAAGAAGACCAUUUUGAGCAAGUCAGUCAAAGAUGAUGGUAGUGACAUAUUGGUGACUCUGGUUUGCCCAGUGAUGCUUUAUUGGAUUAAGGGUUCCAGUUUUUUUGGUAAAAGGAUCAUUUAAAGAUUAGUUUUGAUUCAUUGUCUUGAGUUAAAACAUUUAAAAAAAAACAAAACUAAAUUUUUGGUUGAUAGGUACAGAAUCUGGCAUCUAUGGAUGUAGGACAGAGGAGCUGGCCCUAAAUAUCAAGCAGCAGAGAUUUGGGGAAUAUAAUGUGUGAAGGGGAGAAAUGUAUGCAUCAUUAAUGGGAAUAAGUUUUUGUGGUUGCCCAUUGAUGUGCACAGUUAGGUUAUUGUUGCAUUUCCAGAAGUUGAUGCCCAGGCUGACUUCCCACCUCUAGCAAGGUGUUUUGCAGAAGUAGUUCCUUUGGCGGCAGUAACUUACCUUCUUUGUUCCUCAAGAACAUGUAAGAGUGGAGCUUUUAGGACCCAUAAUGGUUGGGAUCUAGGAUACAUUAGGCUGAGUGAAAAUGAUUGCACAAGAGGCAGCAUGUACAGUAGGAUAUAUACUUUUAAUAACCUGUUAGAUGUGUUGACCUGUGUGUGCUGGAGUAAAAAUAUGUGCCUAAACUAUCCAACUAGGCUAACAGUUGAUCUUAAAUGAUCAUAACAUUUUUUCCUCUUAUUAUUGCACUGCUAGGUAAAGUCUGAAAUUACCAAUGUUUUUUGCAUUGGUCCAGUACAAGAUGGAAGCUUUUCUAAAUGUGGACCAGCUGACUCUAAUUAUACUAUGUGUACAGACUGAUAUAUAAAAUACUGAGACUGCUUUUUGCUUCCCUUCUAAAAUGCUGGAGAGGUGUACAAAUUUAGGUUGUAUGUAAAUGGCUGUAUUUGCCCUCCCACUUAGAGGUGCAGAAAGUAAAUUAUUUGAGAUACAGUCUUAGUUGUGUGCUGUUGACUGAUUUUAAAAAAGCUCAUCUAGUAAGACUUGUUGGUGUCUGGAGUCUUGGACCACAAGAGGCAAAGGAUUAUUACAACUGAGCAGGUGAUGGACAAAACCUUAAUAGCAAAGAAGAGUCCACAGAAGAAACCUGGCAUCUUGUUUGAUAUGCUGUAGAUUUCCAGAUGGAUUGCUUGUUAAAUCAUCUUGAGAAGAGGAAUAGAGCGUGAAUUUCCCUCUACUUUUGUUAUUGCCAAAUAUGUAGCUUCAGAUGAGACUUACGCAGAAUCAGUGAAGAUGGAGUAGAAAGGGGGAUGGCUGGUCACAUUACUCUUGUAAAACUGGAAGCUUGAAAAGGUAUAUGACACCCACUAGAAUUAGUUUGGCAGCUGCAAUAGCAUAUAGUUUAAACUGACACUCCAGACAAGUUGUUUCAGUGCUUGGUGACUGUCAAGAUUACCAGAGCAGAGGAAGAUUCAUAGUGCUGGAGAGUGGGAGGAAAAAACAAACGAGACUACAUAUUCUCCUACAUACACAGUAUUGCUUAUUGGGUAACUAGCACUGUUGCUUGUAUUUUCCUUGGACAGAAUUAAAUGGCUGUCCAGAGACUUUUUUUUUUUUUUUUUUUAACUAUUGUGACUGUUUUUGAGGAAGCAUUUGUAUCCUGAUCAUUUUGAACAGCCCAAAUGAAACUGUUCUGCACCAUUACAUAUAGCAUUUUCCAGUAAAUCCCAAAUGAAAUUGUAGUGAAAUACCAUAGGUUUGUCAACCAUGGUUUUGGCUGUGAAUCUUGUAGAUUGAAGUUGUUUAGGGAGGAAGAGAGUUGCUUUCUUUACUUAAGUUCUUAUUUGAGUAGAUGGGAAACUAUUGAUUGUUCUUGUCUUAUGCUGGUUUGGAAACAGAGUCCAACAGAGAGCAUGCUGGAGUGAUGAAAAUGGACCAGUCAUCUCUUUGAUGUUAUAAUGAAGAAUAGAGUCCAGAAUUGAAGAGUGAACAUCCAUUUUCUGGGGUCAGUUUUGUUCUGUUCACUUUGUAGGGUCACUUCUGUUCAGUAUGUGUGUGCAUAUGUAUGUUUUUUGAAUGUGGUAUUUUCUGCUUCAUUACUUACUUAUAAUUACCUGUGGUCAUCAUCCCUUUCAUAAUGUAGUGUUGAGCUCUCCCUUCGGGGUACUGCCAACUAGAUUGUUCCACUGGCAUGAAGUCUUUGCUGAGCAAAUAUCAGGUAGGAGCACCACGUUUUGUGAAUGGCAUUAAACAUGUGCAGUCUACCUAGUAUGUUUGCAUUCCAAAGGUUACCCAGAGGCUUGGUUUCAGUGUUAGUGGGAGAAGAGGCAGAUGAAGGUUUUAAUCAAGUCAGAAAGUAUGACAUGCAGUAUAUUUCUAGGUGUCUGCCUUCUGUGACAGAAAAAAUGUAUAAAUUCAAAACAAAAGAAAUGCUCAUAUCUUGCAGGGAACUUGCAGCUUAUGACUCUGGAUGGAGAGCUCUUGUAAUUGGCUGCCAGAGGACAAACAUUGCAUAGUGAUUAAGGUUUACCUUCUGCUUACCUUGUUAGUAAUAGGACCCUGACACAGUUGCCUGCUGGACAAGAGUUGCAUGCUCCCUUGUAAGGAUAUUAGAACUCUCCCAGUGCAGAGUAUCUAGAGGUGCCUUCUUAGUUUUUUGCUGUUAGCCUACAUAACUACAGAAGACCUAUUGGAAAAACAUAAGAAAAUAAUCAAUCCUAUUUGAACGAGGAUCAUCCUGAGGGCUGACCCUUAAUCUCUGCUGUCAGUCCAGUGCCUAGGUCCAUAGAGGAGUAUCAUUUCCUAUUGCAAGGAUGGAAAAUAAUGAUUCUAAGAAAUGCAAUCCUGUCAUCCUGAAUUUUGGGAAGGUUGUUUUUUUAACUUAUUAUUUAGGAUUAAGGUAUUAAGGAAUCAACUCUUUGGAAAUUAACCAUUUCAGAGGGGACUUGGAAGAGAACAGCUCCUAGAUUGGAGAGGGCUGCUUUGCUGUUUCUCAAGGUUAGCUCUAAUAUUCAUCAGCCCUAUUCUCAGUAUUGAUUUGGCUUUACAGUCUUUGAGAGAGAGGCAGUUGCUUUUCAUUCCGUGAGUCUCUCAUGGAUGAGAAUUCCUUCUCUGAAGUGUGACCUUGGCAUUGUAGAGCUGAGGCUUCUGUGGAUGACUGGUGGCAUCACUACAAUCAAAGAAGUGAUAGUAAAGGGUGUCACUCUCCAACAUCCUGCCUUCCCUUCCUGCUGAGAUGUCUAACAGGAUACCUUAUUUUUACCAUACUGCCCAUGGCACGUGUUUAGAUAAGAUGGGAAGGAUUUGUGUCCCAAUACUUCACUCUGGUUUUUUGGGGUGGUAUUUGCUUGCAUCUUUUUUUAUGAAAAUAGCCUUAUUUAUUGUUACUUAAUGGGUUACAUUUUGAUGCUUGAUUUUUCUUUUUCAUGUUUGCUUCUUUCUGGUUAGUUGUCUGCGAGUUCUCUUGCCUGUCUACUUGCCUUCCCAUCUCACUAUUUGUAUGCAAAAUUGCUGCAGUAAUGGAUGUGGAUGGAAAUAACAUUAUUUCUCCUUUCUUGCAUGUAACUCAGUCAGUCUCUUGGGAAACAAGUGCUAGUGUCCCUCUGCCACUGCAAAAUAGCUCAAAAACUAUUGCAGUCCAAGUAGUUCUCCAGCAAGUGAUGCAUACAAGGAUUCUCUCCAGAAUAUGACACUUGCAGUCCAUAGAGAUGGAACCGUCUUGACCCAGACAAAAGCCGUUGUGAGUUUGCCCUAUGAAAAUGCUGUAUAUUGGGGAGAACUGAAUAGGCAGCAGCCUUCUUCAAAGGAUAGUUAUUAGUAUAGAUGUUUUCCUUUGAGGUGGAAGCAGUGGAGAAUAAAGUGUGAUAUUCAAAGGCAGAGAACUAAUUCCUGCUGUAGUGUUAUCACAUUCAGGUGAACUUGCUUCAGUUGGAUGGUGAUUUCUCUGUUAACUCCAAACUUGGUACUGUAGUUUAGGGGUUUCAAAUAUGCCUCCAGUCCUGGGCUGGAUCCAGCUUGGGGCACAGAGGGCUUCGGAGGUAGCAGCUGCAGCUCCUGCCCAGUGCAUGCAGCAGCAGUGGUGGUGACAGUGCAUGCCGUGUACCCCAUGCUAGAACUGAAACUGCUGCUGCCACCAUGUAUUUCAUACCAGGGUGGCAGCUCCUGCUCCAGAAGGGAGAACAUGGCAGCAACAGCUUUGAGUCUGGCAUGGGGUAGAGACCGCAAAGGAGCCAGUGGCUGAGAAACUGAGGCUACAACAGUGGCCAUGGGCAAAGUGGCUAGAGGGUAACCAGGGCUGUCAGCCACUACUUAUCCUCCUGCCAGUAAGUACCAUGUCCACUGCAGCCCAAGGGCCCCAAGUUGUCAAGCCCCUCCCCCCCCAGUCAUGCCCUGCAACUUCUGGUGGCCAAUUGGUGGGCCAGGUACAGUGGCUCUGCAGGCUGGAUCAUCUGCUUGACACCACUGCUUCAGUUCCAAAAAUAGACUGUAGUGCUGGCUCUCCAGUUUUUAAGUUAAUUUUCAGUUGAGCAGGUAUUUCUGCUAUUAAGUAUUUUCAUGCUUGUGUAAGCUAUUUCAGUGAUUGGAUUAAACCUCAAUGGAUUUUUACAAUUUGGCCUUUAUCAUCUUUAAGAGCAGCUUGCAAACACAUUUUUGUACUGAUGCUUCCAUUUUCUGAGGCUGGAAAUGAGCUCAGUUCUUUACCCCAAUGAUGGGCCACUGCUACUACAACCAACUAAAUGGGACCCAAUUCAGUCGAGGCUCAUUUGAGGGAGGGAAGACCAGCAUUAACUGGUGCAGCCAAGGUCUAAAACUAGUAUAGUUGCUUUUGUCCUAUACUGUUAGGCUUCAGAAUUCUGCCUACUGGAUGUGAUGAUGUAUGUUACUUGGAGAAUCUAUCUGCAAGACUGGGGAGCAGUGUCUUGUUGCCUGUUCUGGAUAAAAGCAGUCUGUACUACUACCUCUUUCCAAACCAAACCUCCUCCUAGUUUGAUUUUUGUUCAGUUGUUUGAAAGCAAAAGAUCUGUGUUCUCAGAUGGGACUCUUCAGUUUUAAGUGAUCCUAGUUAUACAUACCUGCUGCAUUCAGAGAACAAAAGUGCUUAGACAGCUGUUAGUUGGGAAAGUUAUUAGGAUGGAGAAUACAGAGGUGUAAAUUUUUCCCAUAAGGUUAUUCUUUGAAACUUGUACUUAAUAGAUGCAGUCAGGAAUCAUUUGACUAAUGUUCUGCAUGUCAGACUACAAAGAACACUGACAAGGUGGAGAGGUUUGUUUGUAUGAAGUGGGGAUGCAUGUGUUUGCACAGGGAAGGAUCUGAAUAACUUUCAGUAGUAAUGUUACAAGCCUCCCUAGCUCCAAUGCACAAAACAGACCCAAGCAGGAAGUCAUACUGUACAGCAGAAUCUGUUUGAACUUCAUUUUUUAAACAUAACAUUAACAAUUCUUUUUUGCAAAUUGUUUGUUUUUCCUUUAUGUGUAUAAAAUCCUGGCCGUUUCUUGUUUUUACAUGUUCAUGCUGUGUAAUUUUGAGAUGUUACUGAGAUUCUGAACAUAAUGUGCAUUUUUUCUGUACAGAUGAAAUGGGAGAAUUUAAUAAAAAAAAAAAGUCUGCAGGUUUUUUU